AUGGCUCCAGUGAUCGGAUUGUCACACAUCACAAAUCCGCUCGCGACACCCGAUCAACUACAGACAACAGCCUCUCAGCUCGACAGAAUCCCAGCUGAUUUGGAGGUUUCAAUAAAAUUUGAAAGUUCAAGGCUGAUCCAAGCCGCUGGCAUUCUAUUGUAUCUUCCUCAAGAACUUAUUGCAGAAGCCAUCAUCGUCUUUUCCAGAUUCUGGCUAGGCCCCGAAGGUGGAAGCUUAGCUGAAUAUGCUGCCAAGGAUGUCAUUGCCGCUUCGCUAUAUUUAGUGACUAAGCCUUCCGCGCACCCAGUAAGCCCUAGACGACUCUUGAGCGUUCUAGCAUAUCUGAACAAAGUUCGACCAUCACUCGAUCUCAAAUCAGCCAGUCAAGUUACUCCUGAGAACUGCUUCCUAUCAGAAGGCAGCUAUCAGGAUGGGCGACUGGCACUUAUCCACACAGAAGCGCAGAUGCUUCGUAUUCUAGGCUUUCAGACCCAUGUAUCCCUCCCGUAUGCGAUUUGCAUCAACUACUUGCAAGCGCUGGAUGUGUUUACGACAUCCGAGAAUGGACAGGCUCUAGCGAAAAGAGCAUUUGCACAUCUCAACUCGGCCUUGUUCAGUCCACAACUACUCUACCUGACACAUCAGCCUCCUUCCCUCGCUACAGCAGCAAUUUACCUUGCUGCCAAGGAGAUAGGAGUCAAGCUUCCGGGUGAGGAGUGGUGGGAGGUCUUCGAUGUCGACAGGGAGGAGCUUGGCUUCUUGGUUGUAGCAUUGAUCUCUAUGGAAGGCUUCAUUGCAGAAGAGGUACAGAAAUGGGACAAGAGCAAGGUCCCGCUAACGCUCGAAGAUACUCAAGCCUGGAUCGAUGCAGAGGCACGAGUCUGA